AGGUUUUCCUUCAUUUUCCUUAUAUUUACUAAUACGUACUAAAUAUAUUUAACACAAAAUAUGGCCAAAUCGUUUCGUCAGGUCUCUCGCAAGAAUCCGUGGCCUCGCAAGCUGCAGGGCUUGCUCGUGGAUUUGCCCACGCUGUGCUCGUCCCAGCAGGAGGAGGAGCAGCUGCUGCGUCCAACCAUAUCCCAAUCCCAACCCGUUGGAGGCUCCGUUCCGCAGGAGACGCAGCCGCUGCCGCCGCCGCCGCCGCCGCUGAAGCCACAAAAAGUUGACCUCAUGACGAUGGCAGAAGGCACCGACCCCAUGGGGCAUGGUCACCACACGAAUCCACACAAUCCGCCCUCGCAGGCACCGCCACCGCCUCAGCACCACCAUGCCCACCCGCUCCACCUGACCCACUCCCAUCCCCAUCCGCAGCCACCGCCCCCCCAUCACCUCAACCACAAUCUGAACCACCACCAGCAUCACCACCACCACCCGCAGCAGUAUCUACCGCAUAUGUAUCCGGCGCCCGGGGCAGCAGCCGCCCCAUAUGGCCAGCUGCCGUAUCCGCAUCUCCAGCACCAGCACCAGCACCAGCACCAUCAUCAUCCCCAUCCGCCGCCGCCGCAUCCGCACCACCUGCCGCUGGCACUCAGUCUCCACCAGCAGGCGGCGGCUGCGGCGGCAGUGGCUGCUGCGGUGGCCACCAAUCACUCCAACAACAUCAACAACAACAACCAGGCCAGUGUGGCCAAUAAUAAUAUUGUGGUGCCGUGGAAGCAGCGCAAGCGCAAGAGGCUAUCGGCGGUGCUGGAUAAGCUGCAUCAUCACAACAACAACAACAACACCAACAAUAAUAACAAUAACAAUAGCAGCAGUAACAACAACAACAACAAAAAUGAUGAUGAUGAUGGUCACUCGAAUGGCUUGGCCUGCAAGACGGAACCCAUGGAUAUGGAGGAGGAUGCAGAGGAUCAGGAGCAGGACGAGGAUGAAGCGGAUCACACGGAGGAAUCCCUACGUGACGAUGAUGAUGAGGAGGAGCAGCCCGAGGACACUGAGGUGCAUCAUGCCAAGUACAUCAAAAGCGAGCAACCCCUUAGCGAGGAUGAGGAGCACGAACCGGAGCUGUUGCUGGAGAAUGAGGAGAACGAGGACAUCUCCGGCGAGGAUCUAGAGCUGUCGCACAGCGAUGACAACGAUCAGGAUAGUCCCAGGAUCAGCAUGAGUCCUCUGCAGUUGCAGACGCAGGCGCAGAGUAACCUGCCGUUGGAUCCUUCCAAUCCAACAAGUCAGCAGCUAAACAAGGAGAAUCCGCUGCAUGUGGACAUCAAGACUGAGAUACCCAGCCCCUAUGAUCGGUACUUUCCGAUACCCUCGCCCCUGUUCGGUUACUACCUGCACACCAAGUAUCUGAACGAGGUGUUCCGCCGGCGUCACGAUCUCUAUCCCUCGCCGCUCCAGCACACGCCCUCCUCGAUAGCUUCCGAAACGGAGACAUCGCCCACUUUGCAGGAGCGCAAGAGCGGUGCCUCCGCCUCCUCGAAUCACAUGCUGCCCCACGUCCUGCUGGCCAAUGCCUCGCCCCCGCCGUCGUUGCCCUCGCCGCCGCGCAGCGAAUCCUCGGUGACCAAUAGUGGAGCCAAUACCACCACGAGCAGCACCACUAGCACCACCACUACCAAUACCGGAGCGCCCAAGAAGCGCACCAGUCCCAAGCCGAAGGGUAAGAAGGGUGACAAGAAGCCCAUGCCGCCGCCACAGGAGCGUCCGCUGGAUCUGUGCAUGCGCAGCGACAUGGAGAUCAAGAAGUACAAAAAGUCGGGCUCAAAAUCAUCCUACCAAGAGUCCAACCCUCCUUCCUCGUCCUCGGCUACCAUGAUGCCGCCACCGCCGGCCAUGAGUGCGGCCAGCAGCUUGGAGAGCAUGAAUGCCCUGUCGCCGGCGUCGAGUAGCCACUCGGGACAUACGCCCAGCACCACCGCUGCCACGCCCAACCACCAGCCGCCGCCCAAUUCGCCAUAUGCGAAUGCCAUGAACGCAGCCCAUGCAGCGGCUGCGGCGGCAGCAGCGGCAAUGAUCAAGCUGGAGAUGCCAUUGCAUCCACUGCACCAUCAGCAGAUGCACGGUCAUCCGCAUGUGCCCACCACCACGGUGGGUGUGCCCGUGAUCAAGGGUGAUGUGGCCUCGCCCACGACCAAGGAAACGGUGGCCUGGCGCUACAAUCUGGAUGUGUCACCCGUUGUGGAGGAGAUGCCGCCCGGUUCGGAUGUGGCCUAUGUGUGCCCCACCUGCGGACAAAUGUUCUCGCUGCAUGACCGCCUGGCCAAGCAUAUGGCAUCGCGCCACAAGUCCCGAAAUCCCGCCAAUGAUAUUGCCAAAGCCUACUCCUGCGACGUCUGCCGCAGAUCCUUUGCCCGCUCCGACAUGCUCACCCGUCACAUGCGCUUGCACACGGGCGUCAAGCCGUACACCUGCAAGGUGUGCGGUCAGGUCUUCUCCCGCUCCGAUCACCUGUCCACCCACCAGAGGACCCACACCGGCGAGAAGCCCUACAAGUGCCCGCAGUGUCCAUAUGCCGCCUGUCGCCGCGACAUGAUCACGCGUCACAUGAGGACGCACACGCGGUACGAGUCGAGGGGCGGCGGCGGAAGCGGAUCCCGUGAAGGUCGUGAGGGAGGACGCGAAGGUCGCGAGGCGAGGGAGUCCCGCCGGAGCGGCGAACGACUGGAGGAGCCCAAGUCCCCCAGUUCCCAUCCGCUGCUCGACAUGAAGAUGAACAUGAACAUGGGCAUGGGCAUGGGCCUCAAUAUGGGGCUGGGCAUGAACCCGAUGAGUCUGCUCCAAGAGGAGUUGCUGCAGAAGUCGCAGCCGGGCCUGACCCUGGGCGGACCUAUGCCCAUUGUGGUCAAGACGGAGAGCGCCUAACACUGUUUGGCUAACAGCAGGCGCUUCAUGACCUGUUAGGAGGGGGGAAUCCCCGACACCCAGCUUAGUGCUAGAAGGAGAAGAAAUUAUAAUGAUUAAUAUUAACUAGAGCAGUUUGUACUUGUACCGGAAAUCUCUGCGAAGACUGAGGAACCUUAUUACUACCUACAGUUAAAGAAUAGGCUAAAAGAAGCAUCAACUAAGAAGGAUAGCUAGGAGAGGGCAGCACACUCAAGACCGACCACCCAACGUAUUAGCACUUAAACUAGUUCUAGUUGCCAGAUCCCCCUUGAACCCCCAAUGCGUUUAGAUAGCCGGGAUCUUCGAUACAGCUAGGCAAUUCCAUGUUCCACAAAACUUAGGCUAUUUAUAUAUAUACAUAUAUCUAAUAUAUCUAAUAUACAAAACGUACAUUUUAGAAGCGAUCAGAUCCCCCCGCCGAUCUGAUCUCACAGCAUUUCGAGCAACACUGAAAUUAUUAAGCUAGACUCGCUACACCUAGGCUAAUUGACAUUAGUUAUUUAGUUAACUCUUAAUUUAUUGGUAACCUUACUCAGCAGCAUGUAAACUUUUACCACAACGAUUUGUAUUAAUUUAAUUGUACUCUAUUUAAUUUAAUUUAAUUUAAUUGU